UUUUGAAAAAGCGCGCCAAAAUUUUUCUUUUCUUUUUCUCCUUCCUCUUUUCUCUCUCUCUCUCUCUCUCUCUCUCUCUCUCUCUCUCUUUCUCCCUUUUUUAUUCCUCGAAUUUAAAUUAUCGAUCAAUCAAUAUUAGGUCAAAGUGUAUUCUCGAGUAUAAUCAAUUUUAGGUUAUAUAUAUAUAUAUAUAUAUAUAAAAUUUUUUUUCCUGUACUUUUUCACAUUGAAUCUCGAUGAAACGAAAUUCGAAGUAUUAAAAGUUUAUUGUACGGUCAUAUGUAUUUAUAUAUAUAUAUAUAUAUAUAUAUAUAUGUAUAUGUACAUAUAAAUAUACGCGCGCGCGCACUCACAUAUACAUACACACAUACACGGGAUCAUUUUUCUGAGGAUUCAUUGCAAGAUAAAGUUUGUCGGUGUUAGUUUCUUUUUUUUUUCAUUUUUCCGUUCUUUUCUUUUUUUUUUUUUUUUGAGUUUGAUCUACACCGUUAUAUAGGAUCUUGAUUUUUCUCUUCUAGUUCAAAGGAUUUCUUAUACUUUCUCACUAUUUCUCUCUCUCUCUCUCUCCCUCUCUCUCUCUUUCUCUUUUUCUCUCUUUUGAAAAGUGAUUUCAAACGAUUCAUCGCGAAAAGAUUUGUCAAAAGGAUUUAGAAAGUUUCUUCGAACUCGACGUCUCUUCAGCUGUUCGUGAAUCAUGCCACGGGACUUCUUGAUUCGUUGGGAGAUGCCCUUUCUGUUGUAAGUCGAUCCUGACCAGAAGGAACUGGGGAUUCAGGAUGGGAAAGCUUUUGAGUCUUCUGGCUCGGGACGAGUCUACCUGUUGCACGCCUCAAAAGUACGACGUCUUUUUGGAUUUCGAGAACGCACAGCCCUCGGAUAUCGAACGUGAGACAUUCGAUGCCGUUCAAAGAGUCCUGAAAAAUUCUGAAUCUAUUUUGGAGGAGAUUCAAUGUUACAAAGGUGCAGGGAAAGAAAUAAGAGAAGCAAUAUCGGCCCCUACGGAGGAGUGCCAACGAAAGGCUUACUUGACCGUAGCACCGCUCGUAGCGAAGCUCAAAAGAUUCUACGAAUUUUCUUUGGAAUUGGAAAGCGUAGUACCGAAAAUACUUGGACAAUUAUGUUCGGGAAAUUUAACGCCAACGCAACACCUGGAAACCCAACAGGCUCUUGUUAAACAACUCGCUGAGAUUCUCGAAUUCGUUUUGAAGUUCGACGAGCACAAAAUGAAAACUCCAGCUAUCCAAAAUGAUUUCAGUUACUAUCGUAGGACAUUGACGAGGGCGUCGUUGACACGACAGGAUAAUGCGGAGAAGGAUUUAAUUGUUGGGAAUGAGUUGGCCAAUCGAAUGUCCUUGUUCUAUGCCCACGCAACCCCAAUGCUACGUGUUCUCAGUCACGCGACCAUUACUUUCUUGAUGGACAACGAAGAUAUACCGAGGGAAAAUAUCACUGAAACUCUUGGGACGAUGGCUAAGGUCUGUCUGAGAAUGUUGGAAAAUCCCAAUCUAUUGGCCCAAUUUCAACGUGAAGAGACACAAUUAUUUGUAUUGAGAGUUAUGGUAGGCCUUGUGAUAUUAUACGAUCAUGUUCAUCCUCAAGGUGCAUUCGUCAAAGGUUCGAACGUUGACGUUAAGGGCUGCGUGAAAUUGUUGAAGGAUCAGCCGCCAUAUAAGAGCGAGGGCCUUUUAAACGCGUUACGUUAUACGACGAAACAUUUGAACGAGGAGAACACACCGAAAAAUAUAAAGAAUCUAUUAGCAGCAUGAUUGCCGAAACAACGCGGUUGCUGCAUCAGAAGUUGAUUGUUAGUGGCCGCGAAUAUUCUGGUACGAAAGUCUCUAAUUACGGAGAGGUCUCUAAAUCGUUUUUUAUCGGCGUCUUACGACGGACACAACGAGUUAGCUGUGAGAAUGAAUGAACGAACGAAUGAAUGAACGAACGAACGAACGAACGAAAAAAGGAACGAACCAAGGGAAAAGUGGGAAGGAACGAACGAAAGAAAUAGAGGAACGAAGGAACGAAGAAAAAAAAAGGGAAGGAAGUAAGGAAGGGAUUGUGGAAGAUAGAAGAGAAAAGAAAAGUGAAGAGGGGGGGAAAGAAAAAGGAACGUAUGUCCGUGUGUACGCCAAUGAUUAUCCCUUGUGACCUCUGGAUCCUAGAAAAAAGAAAAAAAGAAAAAAAAAACCACCCCUCUAUUGUGGAUGCUGACUAUGGCUAACUGGACCACGAAGUCUUUCGAAAAUGCGUUAAAAAGGAAAACAAAACAAAACGAAAAAGGAAAAAAAAAUAAAAUAAAAGAAAACGAAAAAAAAGAAAUAAAUAAAUAAAUAAAUUAAUUAAUUAAUUAAUAAAUAAAUAAAUAAAUAAAUAAAUAAAUAAAUAAAGCUGCCUCUCUUGAGUCAACUGCCAGAUUUUAAUCAUGGCGAUUGGCACGUUGCUAGAAAAGGAAAGAAAAUACACAUAUAUAUUGUAGACGAAUGGUAAUUGGACAUUUUUCAGAGAAACGUAUUCGCGUGAUCGUUUGCAAGCGUAAUCGUUUUUCUUUCUGUCCUUGUUUUCUUUUUUCUGUUUCUCUUUCUUUCUUUCUUCCUUUUGUUUUUUCUUUUCUCUUUUUAAAGCGUACAUUCGAAUCCGUUCACCAAUUUCGUUUUCGUCCGAUGAAAUUUUUUUUCUUGCUUUCUUCUUCUUUUUUUCUGCUUUUUUCUUCUGCUUUUUUCUUUCUUUCUUUUUUUUUUUUUUGCGAGAAACAAACAUCCAUCGGGUACGAUCGAUUUUAUUCUCGCCAAAGAAAAGCUCGUGGACGAAUUAAUACGGGGAAGGUGGCAGGGGAAUGGAAGAAAUUUUUCGAUUCGAAUGUAUAAUAGAACAAUUCGAUUUAUUGAUCGUUGUUGAUUCAUUUUACGACGAUUACUAUGAUCGUCUGUUUAUAUAAGCUUUAGAUAUUCUUCUUCCAUUUAUUAAUAUUAUUAUUAUUAUUAUUAUUAAUAUUAUUAUUAUUAUUAUUAUUAAGAUUAAUAUUAUGAUUAUAUGAUAAUUAUUAUUACCGAUUAUUAUUAUUAUUAUUAUUAUUAUUAUUAUUAUUACUUUUUUUUUUCUAUUUCAUUUUUCUAUUAUUACGUCGAUUAUAAUAGACACUAUUUGUCGUGGGGAAAGAAUUUAGAAAAAAUUCCGAUUAAAGGUCGCUCAUUGAUAUUAUUGCGCCCUUAAAAAAAAAAAAAAAAAAAGAAAAAAAAAAAAAAAAAAAAAGAAAAAAUCGGCGCGACCCGUUAAUUAGACCAUAUCAUAGUGUAUUUUAGGAAUAAUUCCAAUUACGAAACUUUUGCGAGAUUUAUUAAGAGAGAGGUUUAAUCACGUUGUGGAUAUUGUGCAGAUCUUUAGCUCUUGUUUUCUUUGUUAUUCGACGGAUAAAAGUUUGAAAGGUGGAGAGAGAAUGAGAGACAAACAGACAGACAGACAGAGAGAGAGAGAGAGAGAAAUAGACAAAGGAUGGAAAACAUAUAGAAUCUCGAUAAGGAAAGAUUGAGUCAAAACAUAAAAAAAGAAAAAAAAAAAAAAGAAAAAAAAAGAAAAAAUUAAUAAAUUGUUAAAAUCGUCGAAACGAAAUACUGCCAACGAAAGUUCAGCGAAAAUAAAUUCCGGAAAUAAGGUCACCAUUGUCAAAUUGAUUUCAUUUUUAUCGUAAAGAAAAUUUUUUCCUAUUUUUCUUUUUUUUUCUUUUUUCUGACAAAAAGUGAAACGAAACAAACAAACAAAAAAGAAAAAAAGAAAGAAAAAACAAAAUAAGAAUAUUCGACUCGAGAAAAAAAAUAAAGAAAUAAAAAGAAAAAAAGCUCUUUUUACCUGAAACGAAUCCUAUCUGACGUUGAAGAAAUUUUUUAAUCGAAGGAUAAAACAGACGAAUGAAUGACAUUAAUCGACGAACAAUAUUUACGGUAGGAUUUUUGUGAAAGAGUUAGAAAGAACGAAGUACCAAAGAAUAAUUAUUGUACAGCGUGUAAAGAAGACAGUGUAUGUCCCUUAUAUCUCAUUGUUAUAUUAUUUUUUAUCAUUAUUGUUAACUUAACAGCUAUGAGAUGAGAAAAGCAAGUAAUUUAUACUUUAUAACUGCCGAUUAGAGAGAAAGAGAGAGAAAGAGAGAGAGAGAGAGAGAGAGAGAGAGAGAGAGAGAGACCGAAAGAUGUAUGACCGUAUGACACAUUAGCGGUACAAUAUCAAUGUUUUCACGAACUUCUCAAAUUUCACGAACCUACGAAUAAAAUAAUUAUGAACAUUA